AUGAAGGCUGCAGGCCCCCUCUCUGGCAUGCUCAGCGUACAGCCCGCCGCCGCUGAUGCUCACGAUCGUCAUAUGCCUGAUCUUGCUGCUCGUCAGGUCGGCCCGGUCUGGGCGGCUGGUGGUAAAUCAGCUUUGUAUGUCCCGCCUCCGGACAUCUUUCCCCGGCAACUCCUUCAGCCAAUGCCCUACUCUGAAGCCAUUGAGCCACGUGUUAGACAAGAUGUUCGUGAUGUCACCGACAUCAAGAUGACUUCAGAUGCCGACCACACCGCACACACCGCACAGUUGCUUCUCGGCAAUCCACCUCAGCUGCAAAAACUCGUCAUCGACACUGGCAGCAGUGAGACCUGGGUUCCCAGAAAGGAUUCGCCCUACUGCUCGAGCUCGGGUUGUCCUGUGGGCAGCUACGACGACGGUGGCUCGAACACCUUCAAGAUGCUUGCCGAAGGCAAUUUCAGUGCUUCAUACAUGGACGGCUCGCUCGUCGCAGGGGACUACAUCCAAGACAAGAUGACUAUUUCCGGACAGACGUUUGAUGCCGUCUUCGGUCAGGUUCAGACCGGGAAUCUUUCCAGCUCCUUUUAUGGCGGGGUCCUUGGUCUCGGCCCCAGCAAUGGGAACGGCUGGCAGCAGCCUGAGGACAAUUCGCUCCUUGAGGCCAUGAAAGCCAACAACCUGAUCAAGAGGGCCGUGUACGGCAUCACGUUACCGCAGCAGGAUUCGCCUGACGACUACUCCUUCACCUUUGGUGGAAUAGACACCGCCAAGUUCGUGGCACCUCUUCAGGGCUCGCCGUUUGCUUUUUCGGACUCCGUCUCAGCAAAGCUGGACCAGAUCAUUGCCUUUCGACCCGGCCCCUCGACGUUGAAGCUUGAUGAUGGCAAUCUUCUUCUGUCUCAGUCUUUCAAUGUUCUACUAGACACUGGCUCAACGUUCACUUGGCUUCCCAGGGAUGUUCUGGACGCCAUUGUUGCUACAUACGGUGGCAAAGAGGAGAAUGGCCAAUACCUCGUUCCUUCCGAAGCAGCAACUGACAACAACAUUCUCCGUUUCGAGCUCGGUAAUGUUUCAAUCGCUGUGCCCAUGGCUGACUUUGUCGACAUGAAGAACACUGUCCCCGAACGUGGACUCCGUCUUGCUGCCGUGAACACUCGCUGGGAGGAUGAGCUGGCCCGCUCUGAUGACGAUGCCAGCGCCUGGUCUGACUCCAAGUCAUGGUCAGAUGUCGAAUUCAAGGAACACACCUGGGAUGACACCGACACUGAGGAUGCGUACUCGAACGACAAGUCCCAGACUGGUACAGUUUGGUCUGAUGCUUCGGACAAGGAAGACUCAGAGUCCAAGGAUGCGGCUGCUGCCCCUCACGUCUGGGCUGAUGCGAUCGACAAGCAAGCAGGUUCAGAUGACGAGUCGAAGUCCGCAGCACAACGGACUGAUGCUCCAGAGAAAGACGAAGACACUUCCGAAUCCGAGAGCAAAUCCGACUCCGGUAACGUCUGGACAGAUGCUGCCUACAAAGGUAACGACGAUCCCGAGAGCAAGCGUGAGACUGGGCCCAGUGAGCCAUGGUCCGACAUUCCUGAGAACAAUGAAGGGCCCCCACAAGAAGAACUUGAAGCAGCCGAGACAUGGUCUGAUGCUUCCGAGAAAGAUAAGCCUGAGUCAGGUGAAUCUUGGUCCGAUGAGGCUGCAAAGGACAUGCCCGAGUCGGACGAGUCCUGGUCCGAUGAGACUGCGAAGGACGAGCCCAAGUCAGACGAGUCCUCGUCUGAUGAGGCUAGGAAGGACAAGCCUGCAGCCGACAACUCAUGGUCUGAUGAGGCUGCAAAGGACAAGCCCGAAGCAGACGAGUCCUGGUCUGAUGAGACUGCGAAGGACAAGCCUGAAGCAGAUAAGUCUUGGUCUGAAGCCUCCGACAAGGGCGAGACUCCUUCAGCCGAAGUCUCCGAUGGUAACGAAGUCUGGUCCGACAACACCUCCGAGCAGCCACCUGACAAGGAGGAGGAUGAUGAUGAUAAGCCAUCAUUUGACAAAGCCGACGACUCGGCCAACACUGCGCAGCCCUCAAACGACAAGGAGGAUGACGUUAAGCCAUCUUUCGACAAAGGGGACGAAUCGACCAACACUGAGCAGCACCCUUACUCGAAACAGAACGGCCAUCCCAAGGGUCAACCAACCCAGUCCAAAGGAAAAGACCACUCGUAUCCAGAGGAGACUUCGUCCAAAAAGCCAGCCUUGCCACCGAAGACCAGCAAGGUUGCUGAGACUUCGUUUUUCCCCCAGUCGACUCAUGCGCCUCAGCCUACCAAGGAGCCUGAGACGCGGACCAAAACGCAGACCGAAAUGCGGACCCAAACGUGGACCCAAACGCGGACCGACUGGAAGACCAACACCCUGACCUGGAAGUACACCUUCACUCACAACCACACGUGGACCGCGUACCAGAACUGCACAGCGACAGGAACGGCCGGACCUUCCACUGGUACUUCCAGUCCCUGGACGCAACAGGGCCACGCGCAAUUGGCUCACGCCAACGAGAAAAUCUGGUAUCCUCUGCUUGCUCGUGUGGCUGAGCGAGACAGCAUUCUCGGCGCCAGUUUCCUCACCUCAGCUUACAUGUUCGUGGAUAUCGAAGCUCGUCGUGUGUACCUAGGCCAAGCUGUUAACGGUGCUUCCCAAAGUGAAAUAAGAAGCAUUCCCUUCGCUGAUUCUAAAGAAGAGCAGGGAUUGUUUUACCCUCCCAUCGACUAUGGUGAUUCUCGCAAGCUAGCACAGCAGCAGGUUGAGCAGUAUAUUGGGUCCGAUGAUGAACAGAAGGCUCUCCCAAUGGGAAUUGACUCGGAUCUCAUGUGGACCUCGACCCGGACGUCAGCAGCAACGACCCUCGACACCACGGAAGCCGUGGUUCUCUCUGGAACAUCAGCUCUGUCAACGGAGACAGCAUCUGCAGAACCGACCUCGACCGAGUCGGAACACAAGGGAAGCAAUGCGACAAGAUACGGUGCAGUCUUGUCAUCAGCUCUGAUGAUUGUGGUGUCGGUGGCGAUGUUUGUGGGAUUGUGA